GUAACAUAGAUCGCGCUGUGCGCUAGAAGCGCCACGCUCGAUCUAUUAACCCACGGAAUAAUUCGAUUGCAGUACAGACUUGUGGGACUCUAUGCAUAGUCUAUGUUCGUGGCAAAUGAGAAUGAGACCCAUGCGACUGUCGCCCCGUCUAUGAGUCUUUAUCACACUAGUCGUUAGCUCUAAUACCCCCCAUCACGCCGUGCAAAAUUCGCUCGAGGGCCAUACGCUUUUAGCAUGGGCCUGCGAGUAAAGAUUAUUGCGUAAUUAUUGCAAAGAAGCGAACGAGCUGGUACGUUCAUGGUGUUCAUGGUGUAGUGCACAGAUUGAUAACCGUGGUACGUGUAAAUAUACGAAAAAGAUAUUACCAAAAAAAGAUCUUCGAAUUACAUUUAUCAAGUUUUAAUGAAAACUUAUGAUGGAAGCAGUCAAAUAGACAUGUAUGAUUUUGAAGCCACAAAAGAAAAUUAUGAGAAACUGUUGGAAACUAAAAAAAAAACAUAUUUUUCCAAAAACAAGGUGGCAAAGUGUAUUAUUGGUGAUGAAUUUCAUCGAACAAAAUCACUAACUAUAUCACCAGACAGACUUGAAGAGUUAGCUGAAAUCACUGUCCAACUAUUCACAUUGCACUUAAAAGAAAGCUACUACGUACGAUCAGGAAACGGUAAAAGUGCAAGUGGAGCCUUUCAAAUCGUCUACGCAAAAGAACGAGAAAAAGCUUUUGCCAUUGGCAAAUUAGAAUUGCAACCAAAUCGAAAGAGAAAAAGAAGUUCAGAAGAUAAUCUUGAAUCGUCUGAAUUACAAGAACUGUUAAAAAAAGUUGAAAUCAUAGAUAAUGAUUUCCGCCAGAAAUGGUGCCACACUGCACUGACAGAAAGAGUGGAGUUUUAUAAAACCUCAGAUUUAAAAACAAUUUUGAAUAAAUUUCAAAACUACUGCAAUCCUUCAGGAUAUCUCUUGAUCAAAGCUGAUUUCUGUACGUAUUUUAAAAAAUCGAGUGAAGAAUUUACACAAAAGUGGCCUGACUUAGCCAAAAAAAUAAUAAAAAUUGCUCAGACAAAAAAAAAAGAUAUAGAGAUAAAUAAUAUCCUGACAAGCAACUUACCAACAAAAGGAGAAGAACAUACCCAAACAGUAGCGUUAAUUUUAUUACCACAUUUAUUUAAAAGAAUAACCAAAUUAACAACUCGAUCAAAAUCAAAGACGGCCUGGAUUCCUUCUGUAUUAGAAGUAAAAAAAUCGUUCAUUUAUUACAUAAAGGACAUUGACGAUUUCAACAGAACUUUACAAGAUGCGAACCAAGAUGUGCUUAAUCUGUAUGCAGAACAUAAGCUGCCCAUAGCACCUUACGUUGUUGUGAUCGGUUCUUCACUAGCUGACAUAAAAUCAGCGUAUGUCGUUCUGAACGAAUUCACGUAUCAAGUCGCAACCGCAGCGCUGGCAGUUGAUUUGUAUAUACAGUCUAUGAAAAUCUUUCACCAACCAUUUCCAUUAGCAAGCAAUCACGUAUGGCAAUUUUUGGAAACAACUAUUUAUGAUUUUAAAGUUAAACCAUACAGCGGAGUAACAUCUCUCAUUGAAAGAAUCCAGAAAUUGUAGUUUUAAGUUUAAAUUUAAGAUAUUUUUUA